AUGGGCCUAAACGGGAACAAGGAUUUGGAAGACAUCAAGUUGGAUGACGGGGAAAAUGAAUCUGAGGAUAUCCGGGAAAACGGUUCUGGAUUGCAAUUUAGCAUGUCGCGUACGAAAAACCGUAUUGAAAAGAGAAAUGGGCUCGCUCUUUUGUUGGUUGGCGAAUCGGAGUACCAGAGAGAUUCCCCUAAACCCACCGUUUUCUACCAAAAGGCUGCACAGCUUUCCAACGCCAGGGAAUUGUAUACCUUGGCUGUAUCUCUACAGCGAGGUACGAAUGAGCAGCCGAGGAACGUACCUGAUGCCGUUCCUUUGUAUCGACAGGCGAUAGAGUUGGGGCUUGCAGCUGCAGCAAAUGACUUAGCAGUCGUGUUUGAAAGGGGUGAAGGUGGGGUUCCGCCCGACAUGGCAGAGGCCGUUGUGCUAUACGAACGGGCAGCUAAAAUGGGUCACACCCUUGCAAUGAAAAAUUUGGCAAGAUUAUUUUUCUGUGGUGCCGCCGUUACGAAGGAUGAAGCAGCGGCCUACGACUGGUACCUCAAAGCUGCAAACAAGGGAGAUAGCGAAGCCAUGAACAAUGUAGCUAUACUUUUGCUGAACAGAGAUGAAGGAACCUCAGAAACGCUAUCGGACGCCCUUGGAUGGUAUAAAAAGGCUGUAGAUCACGGAAAUGCCACCGCUAUGUUCAAUCUUGGGGCCUCGUAUCGUGAUGGAUCGGGUGUCAAGGAGAACUUGGAAGAAGCCGUUAAACUAUUUCGACAAGGGGCGGCUGCAGGUGAAGUGAACGCCAUGUGUGCACUGGCGAUAUUGAUGGAACAUGGAUCGGGGACCCGAAGAGAUGUUCCUGGUGCAGUCAAUCUGCUUGAACGAGCGGCGCAGACUGACCCGUCAAAUUUUUUGGUCAAAACAUCGCUAGCGAGACUACUGCUUUCCGACGAAGGUGUCAUCCGGCGGCAACCAGAAAAAGCAGCAGAACUUUUAGAGGAAUGUUUACGGCUCUCCCCCACUUUUGGGUACGCUCUACAUGAACUGGCCGUAUACCAUUCCCUUGGAAAGGAUGUCCCCGUAGAUAAGGCUAAAGCCGAGAAACUGUUCUCAAAGGCGGCUUCUCAGUCUUCCUUCGAGGCCGUACAAAUAUAUCAAUCAGAGAGGCUUGUGAUUGAUGCCGGCGAGUACUAUCCUAGUAUUAUCAAAAAUAUUCUUUCGGUGAGUGUUGCAAAACCGAGGACAUGUCUUCUGCUCACGCUGGGGGGUGGUUGUCGAGGUAAAACAUCAACAGUAAACAGCCUUCGGGGGAUGCAUUUCGAAGAGACGCAUAUUCCAACAGAGAUGGCAGCGAUCAACAAGUUUGUGCUUGAACCCGGCGUACGUGGGUUGACGGAAGAUAUCAUCCUGGAGUACGACUUCAAUGAAAACUCUCUCCGAGCCACUGCAUCGCGGCUCCAUAAGGAAAUUGUCUCGCAGUCUGAGAUGCGUGAGCGAGCACAAAAUCAUUCGGAUGAAGCUGCGCGAUCAAUUGUUCCGAAUUUUGGGACAUCGGAUGCUUCCAUCUUUAAAGCAAGCACGGGAAGACACGCGGACGUCAUAGAGAGAGUUCGCAGAUCACUCAUGCUAGCCGGAAUCCCAACCGGUUUCAAAGGGAGCGUUGUGCAGGUUUGGGACAUGGCGGGGCAAUCAAGGUAUGAAAUGGCACACUCAUUGGUUAUAGCCAGAGGCAGCAUUCUUCUCUUCGUGACUGAUUUAACAAGGGUUGCUGAGCAAGAGACAAGGAAGGAUGAGGUUGGCCUGCUUUGCUACUGGAUGCAACUUGCUCAUUUCCUCGUUCCUGAUCCAAGUCGCAUACGUGUGCUUGUAGUAGGAACGAGAAAGGCUCAAUGUGAUGAGAAACAGACACUGAAAAUCUUGAAGGAAUGCCUAGAGAAACAACUCGCUUCAAAGGUAUACGAUUCAUGGAUCAGGAGGCGGCAAGAAGGCAGUGUCUUUGUGAGUGCCUCAAAGUUCAUUGCCAUUGAGAAUAGCCAAUCAUCAGCGGACGCAAAGGUUAGUGGUUUGGACGAAUUGGAAAGAGCAGUGCAGGAAGCGGGCGAUGAAGUUGUGGCGGCGAGGGAUGCCGUUCCAUUGCGCUGGCUUGCUUUUGUGGACAAGCUAGAGCGCGAACACCAAAAGCGAAACUGUUUGCAUUUUGAGAGAACACACGUUUUAGCAAUUGGCGAAGGAUUCCCUGGAUUUGUUGAGGAUGGCGAAGAAAGGGAGCAAGAUAUUCUAGAGGGCUUGAGGUGUUAUGCGUCUAUGGGUAGGUUAGUCCUGUUUGAGCUUGACAAACAAGAGUGGUACGUGUUCGUAGAUGUUCAGAUGAUUACCAACGUUUUGGGCAAACUAACGGCUCCUGAAGAACGGCUUCGAGAUCUAUUAAGCCAGGAAGAUAUUCAGGGGUUGGCUGAUGGGCGGAUAUCGCAACCUGCGUUAUUUUCUUUAUGGGGCGACUAUAGUGAAGAAGAAGACAAGAGGCUUAUGCUUAAGAUUCUGUGUCGUUUCGAUUUGCUGCUGCUACUGACCGGGAAUGAUGAUUCAAUUGUGAAAGGUGAUGCUACGAUUGGCAUACCGGCGAUGAUGAAGAGCGGGUGGGAAGAUUUUCGUUGGGGUCACCGAGCUGGCGAAAAAGACCUGGAAGUUGUAACAGUUUUUGAAGAGGAGGGUAUUCCAAACGGACUAAUCAGCUUCCUCAUAAGCCAUAUUCAUCGAAAACACGUAGCAGAGGGGAAUCGGAAGACCGGAAUUGCCGGUGCAUCGUUGAGGGUACGAGCAGAUGCUUUUCUAAUCAGGGCAAGAGACGGGAGCAGAGUUUUUCUCGGCUUUAAAGCGGCUGAGCGAAAGCUUGUCUGGAAAUUCCGGGGCCUCACUCCGGUGAUUCUUGCAAAGGAAUUUAUUGGCGGUAUAGAAAAGUUGGAAAACAGUGCUGCAUUUCUUAUGAACGCGCCACACAAACAUGUUGUGGCUCUGGACUGUGUUAAGUCUCUGGGAGGGUGUGAUACGCCAGGAGCUGUUGAGAUCGAAUUGACGAAGCAGUGGCUUCUUAGAAAAGGGGAAAUUUCGUUACCAUUACCCCAACUGCCCUGUGGCAGUUGUCUUACAUCUAUGCCUCUUGAGGUUGUGUCCAUGUCGCUAUGGCCGAAAGAUAGUGCCUCGCCAGAUGCUGCGGGAAUGCAGCGGGUGAUGCCGGAGGGCAGGUUUGAUGUGUUUCUGAGCCAUGCAAGCCCUGAUAAAUUGGCUUUGGCGCAACCCCUUUAUCAGAGCUUGACCUGGCAACGCGUGCGCGCGUUUCUAGAUAUGGAAGUUUUGCAAAUUCUGGAUAACACUGCUCCGGAAGAAAUGGAUCGUGCCAUGCGAGAAGCUCCUGUUGGUGUGUUCAUUCUUUCUCCGGAGUUUGUAGCUCGACCAUGGCCCAUGAAAGAACUGCAGUGUUUCCUUAAGCGAGACAGAGUUUGUAGGUUAGAGGGUGGGGCCAGGCCGGUGAUUUUGCCAAUAUUCUAUCGAUUGACAUUGAAGGAUUGCAGCGAGUGCGAUACCCUCAUUUUCGGGGAGGGCAGUCGUCACCACGAUACACUUGUGAGUGCCGGGUUUUUUGAGCAAGACCAUCAGAAUGUUCUUUCCACUGAGGAUGCGAUUUGGAUGCUGAAGGAAGUGAAAAAUCAUUCUGGUGUGGAAGUGUCGCGAGUGAGUGGCGGGGAAGACUUGUCAAGUGCUGGGGUCAUGACUGAAAUAGUGCGCCGGGUUGUUGACUAUAUGCGACUUAAAGGGCUUUUGCCUACAGCGUCGUAA